AAUAUCGGUCAUUAGGUGGAAAAUUUUAAGAAUUAUGGGCGGCUAUUAGAUGAGAAGGAAAACUGAAAGAGCAGGAAUAAAAAAAUCCUGAUUCGCAUCCACCCCGCCGCCGCCUCCCCUCACACACUCUAUGAACUCCACAUGAACGUUCUCUAUUCAGAGUCAGGCGCGGUCUCCCGCCCAGUCAAUGCCCCGUGUAACCCUCUCGCUCCCGGCCUGUACAACUCUCCAACUACUGCAUCCCCAGGGAAGUCUGUGCGUACAGCACCUCAAUAGUUAAUUCCAUCGGCGCGUGCACGGGACGCCAACCAAUGGGAGCAGAGCAGAGGGAAGCGGGCGGGAGCGGCGCUGGAUUCGAACACAGAGAAAGAGACGAUAGUGAGCGGUAUCUUAUCAAAGGUGAAAGAAGAUGACUUCAAUCUUUCAAGGUGUUGGUUGGAGGAACCACAAUGUUUUGGAAAAUAUUGAUGAACAAGACAGUCCUCAGCCUGACAAGUUCAGAAAAAGGCCGUCAUCGAGCUCUCUCAACACUGUGCGCAUGUCCCUGCGAAAGAGGAUGCCACUAAAGCAAAUGGAAAUCAACAUAAAUGCUGUGCCUGACUGGAGCAAGGUGGGGGUAAAGGAGAAGCAGCGCCCCCUGCAGUCCAUGACUGUUACAGCCAAGAACAUGUUUGGAGCUAUGUCACAGAAAAUAAAGAAAAAUCGCAGAAAUCCAGGUCAGUUUUUAUUGGAUUCUCCGGACCAACUUAGAGGGAUCACAAAACAAAGCCGUACUCCCAAAAGUAGUAAGAGAUCUUCUACACCUAGAACUCCAAGGUGUCGACAGUUGAUAGAAGAAGCGAGUCCAAAUACUAAGAUCACACCAAAGUCCAGCAAGAUGACUUCCCCUUAUAACAGAAGAACAAGCGGCUCCCGGUGGAGGAGCUUCUCAAGUAUAGUGGGAAACGAAGGACUAAACCUGAGAAGAUCUGUAAGGGCGGCAUCCCUAAACAGCCCAUACGCCUCCCCCAUGACUGUGAACAGAAGGCAAUUUGAAAAAGACUUGGAAUCUGUCUCUACAGGAAUCCGACAACUGAAACGCCUCUCUAGGGUAUUCGAUGAUGCCAUCUUAAAGGAAGAAAGGAAAGAAGCUAUUUUGAAUUACCACAGUGUAAUGACCAAGAACCUGCGUUGUACUCGCCAUUCUCGGCUGUCUUGGAGAAGUACAAGGAGGCUUCAGCGUACACUUGAAGGCUGGACUGAGGUGGCUUUAACAAGUAUCAGCAACAUUGGAGCACGUUAACAAUAUACUAUGUGUAACCAGCUUUACCUUUUAUAAAUGUAUGUCUAUAUAUCUGUUACUUACUGCAGCACUGUGUGGGGUUGUAGGUAGGCUCUCUCUCUCCUAGAAAUCAGCCAUAUAACUGCUAGCACGGUUAUAUGUAGCACUGGUAACAAGGAGAGUAAAGGUACCUGUAAUACCAAAUAAAAAAAAAAGCUUUUAUUUGCCCACCUGAGUUUUGUCAGUGCCCUGGUCUGCAAUGCCUCUCCUCACUUCCACUGCCCUCUUCACCCCACUCCUUAUAUGAUUGACAGCUAGGGUCCUCCUGCGCAUGUGCCGUCAAUCUGUAUUGUGGUGCACAUGUUGUGAGCUUGCUGGCUGCAGCUUCACUGUCUCACCAUGCAUGCACUGUCAGUAUUCUGAGAGCCCUGACUGGCAAUCAUAGAUGGAGAAAACAGUGGAAGCGAUGGAAAAGAGGUGUUGCAACCUUGCAAACUACAUUAAAGCUGCA